AUGCCCAAAAGGAAAAGAGACGGAUCUGAGGCGUCGGCCAGUGACGCAGAAGGUGUAGAAGGCGGUGUCAGCAUUCGCCAGCACAGAGUGCAACACAAGCUCGAAUAUGCCCAUAAGCAACUCGCGCGCGCCUUCAAGACGGCAAAGGGCUUCGAGGCUCAGAAGUCUGGGAGACGGCGCAAGACUGCUGGUGCAAAGAGCGACGAGAAAGAGGUCGCGCGCAUAGAAGCCGAGACUGCUGCUCUGAAGACACUGGAUCUUUCCGCUACCGCACGCAACUACCUCUACAAGUCUUUGAUCAAGUUCAAAGCAGUCGCCGAAUCACCCGAUCUGCCCAAGGCUGUAUCCACUCCUCCACCACCCAUCGAUGACACCGCCAAAGCCAACGUCAUUGCUCGACUCUGCAAUUCCAAUCCUGUCAAGGAGGCUCUCCCUCCCCUGCUCAAGGACAUUCAACGCGCCCUUGGCAUCGAGCCCAAAGAUGUAAAAGAAGGAAAGAAGAGACUGAGAGCCAAAGACAUCGAGAUGCAGAAACAGGAAGAACAAGCAAGACUACCGGCCAAGAAUUCACGACCUACCGCAGAACCCGAAUCUGGUGAUGUGAGUAUGGGAGAGCCUGACGAUGGAAGCGACGCUCAACCGUCCGCGCGCCGUAACUUAGGCAAUGCCAGCGACGACGAUUUCGCAGAGUUUGACGACAGGCUCGCUGGCUCAUCCGAUAGCGAGGACGAAGGGGAAAGCGACCAAGUGGACAUUAAAAAAGGCAAAGCAUCACGUGCUGCAGCAUUACGAGCUGCUCUCGGUGACAUCUCUCAAUCGAUAUCGGCAUCUCCUUCAGCGUCACCAUCACCCUCGCGUUCUCCCUCACCCGAAUCAGACGCCCCACCCGCUAGAACCACCAAGGCUGGCACGUCUGCGUUCGUGCCUUCUCUUACCAUGGGUGGUUACUGGUCUGGCUCGGAGUCUGAGGCCGAGGACUUUGAGGACGGGCCGCCAAAGAAGAACCGAAGAGGUCAACGAGCACGCCAGGCUAUUGCGGAGAAGAAGUUUGGCAAGAGUGCAAAGCAUUUGCAGAACCAAGACAAAACAGGCAAAAAUGAUAGAAAUGCUGGAUGGGAUGCAAAACGUGGAGCAACAGAUAGAACAGGUCCACGUGGCGUUCGUGGAGCACCUAGGGGCGGCCGAUUUGAAAGACCUGGUCAGGAUCGCGGAGUCAGAAACGACGCUGCUGAACCUCCAAAGAAGAAACACAGAGAUGACCAGGGCUCCUUGCAUCCCUCAUGGGAAGCCGCAAAGAAGGCCAAGGAGGCAAAGAAGGUCACCGCAGCUUUCGAAGGCAAGAAGAUCUCCUUCGAUUGA